CGCGGAGCCGAGCCGGGAGAGGCGGCUCCGCGGUCUCAGGCGCAGGCCCCGGGCCGACUUCCGAGACGCGGGCGGCUGGCGCGCUGCUCUUCCCUGAGCCACCAUGCGCCGCUCGCGGGGAGGCGUCUGGCUGGCGCUGGCCGCGUCGCUCCUGCACGUGUCCCUGCAAGGCGAGUUCCAAAGGAAGCUCUACAAGGAGCUGGUGAAGAACUACAACCCCCUGGAGAGGCCCGUGGCCAACGAUUCCCAGCCGCUCACCGUCUACUUCUCCCUGAGCCUCCUGCAGAUCAUGGACGUGGAUGAGAAGAACCAAGUCUUAACUACCAACAUUUGGCUACAAAUGUCUUGGACAGAUCACUAUUUACAAUGGAAUGUGUCAGAAUACCCGGGCGUGACGACCGUGCGUUUUCCUGAUGGUCAGAUAUGGAAGCCGGACAUCCUGCUCUAUAACAGUGCGGAUGAGAGAUUCGAUGCCACGUUCCACACCAACGUGCUAGUGAAUUCUUCUGGGCACUGCCAGUACCUCCCUCCAGGCAUAUUCAAGAGCUCCUGCUACAUCGACGUUCGGUGGUUCCCCUUUGACGUGCAGCAGUGCAAACUGAAGUUUGGCUCCUGGUCGUACGGAGGCUGGUCCUUGGAUCUGCAGAUGCAGGAAGCAGACAUCAGUGGCUACAUCCCGAAUGGAGAAUGGGACCUUGUGGGAAUCCCGGGCAAGCGAAGCGAAAAGUUCUACGAGUGCUGCAAAGAGCCUUACCCGGAUGUCACCUUCACUGUGACCAUUCGCCGCAGGACCCUCUACUACGGCCUCAACCUGCUCAUCCCCUGCGUGCUCAUCUCCGCCCUGGCCCUCCUGGUCUUCCUGCUCCCUGCAGACUCAGGGGAGAAGAUCUCCCUGGGAAUCACAGUUUUACUCUCUCUGACUGUCUUCAUGCUGCUGGUGGCUGAGAUCAUGCCUGCGACCUCCGAUUCAGUGCCCUUGAUAGCCCAGUACUUCGCCAGCACCAUGAUCAUCGUGGGCCUCUCUGUGGUGGUAACAGUGAUAGUGCUGCAGUACCACCACCAUGACCCUGACGGCGGCAAGAUGCCCAAGUGGACCCGGAUCAUCCUGCUGAACUGGUGCGCCUGGUUCCUGCGCAUGAAGAGGCCGGGAGAGGACAAGGUGCGGCCAGCCUGCCAGCACAAGCAGCGGCGCUGCAGCCUGACCAGCGUGGAGAUGAGCGCGGUGGCCGGGCCCCCGGCCCCCAAUGGCAACCUGCUGUACAUCGGUUUCCGCGGGCUGGACAGCGUGCACUGCGCGCCCACCCCCGACUCGGGUGUGGUGUGCGGCCGCCUGGCCUGCUCCCCCACGCACGACGAGCACCUGCUGCACGGCGCCCAGGCCUCCGAUGGGAACCCCGAGCUGGCCAGGAUCCUCGAGGAGGUCCGCUACAUCGCCAACCGCUUCCGCUGCCAGGACGAGAGCGAGGCGGUGUGCAGCGAGUGGAAGUUCGCGGCCUGCGUGGUGGACCGUCUGUGCCUCAUGGCCUUCUCAGUCUUCACCAUCAUCUGCACCAUCGGCAUCUUGAUGUCCGCGCCCAACUUCGUGGAGGCUGUAUCCAAAGAUUUUGCUUAACUUGGCCUUGCAUCACCCUCCGGGGUGGGGGGGGGGGGAGGGGACUCUGUAGGACAUGCAAAGAGAGGCGAGGUGGAUGGACCCGGUGAGGAUUUGGGGGUGCCCGUUCCUCGAGCACCUUUGAGGAUGCCCUCUGUGCAUCCCCUGUCCGUUGUCAAUCGUGGUUUCCUUGUUAUCUCUGGUAAUAUUUAGAUUCUCAGUGUGGCUUUGUUGACUUAUUUCCUCUGCUCAGUUUGAUGCCCUGUUAGCAGGAGGUCAGCAGGGGUUCCUUCCCCCCACCUCCCUGGGGUCACUUGCUGUGCCUCACUUCCUGGUGAGCCCUCCAGAGAGGCUGAGGUGGCUCAGGACUGUCCUUUGCAUGUCUGCAUGUCCCUUGCCAGAGAGGCCUUCAUGGAAUUUCAACGUGUGCUUUUGCCUGUGUUACAGACCUGGGUUUCAACUGAUAAUAAUAACAAUAAACCAAACUCUUUGGACCCAUUCAAAAUAAUGACUGGCAAAAAGAGGAGAGGCAAAAAGAAAGAAAGAAAGAAAGAACGAAAGGAAGAAAGAGAGAGAGAAACUUAAAGGCCUGAUGGUUUCUUGGCUAUUCAGACUUUAUUUUUUUUUAAGUUUUUUUUUUCCCUUUAAUGUUUUAUUUAGUUAUUUGCUUAAUUGGGUAGAGACAGAGAAAUCAAGAGGGAAGAAGGAGAUAGAGAAGAAAAGUGAAAGAGAGACACCUGCAGCUCUGCCUCACCAAUUGUGAAGUUUUGUCCCUGCAGGUGGAGGCUAGGAGCUUGAACUCUGGUCCUUGAGCAUUUUAAUAUGUUUGAUUAACCCUGUGCACCACUGCAGGACUCCCAGAUUUCACUUCCAAGGGCAGUUGGUAGAGAGAGUCAAUCUUAAACUGUGUCUGCACUUAAAAGAGACUCUAUAGUCUUUCUGCCUAAUUUCUUCAAACCUCUCCUACCCAGGGGACCAGGAAGCAUAAAGGUGCAUGUGACUUCUGAAUUAGGACAAAGCCUAGGAGAGUCAAGGGGAUUUAGACACGGAGACACACCAAGCAGCUCCCCAACUUCCCAUGCUGUCCCCUCAGACACUGGGGAGUUGAGUGAGUUCUGUUCUUUUCUGCAAGGCCUGAAAGGCAAACAGUGUUCUUUUAGAAUCACCACCCCAAUAUAGUCACAAAAGCUUAAUUAAAUCAUCUUGCGUACUAAAAACAAACAAAAAAAGUGAUACACUCCCAUGAAGUAUUAUUGUGUUGACUAGUCUUAGAAAUUCUGUACAAAUGUAGGACACUAAGUCCAAAUAUUCUGAUUUUUUUCCUCCACUUUUUGUUUGGGGGGGUGGUGGUGGUGGUGGUGAAGGGACAGGAGCUAGACCUCUGGGCUCCAUGUGUAACAGGGUCCAGGGAGGGGAUAGUGUUUGAACUUCUUCCAGGAGGACAGUCCAGGGCAGGGAGGGGGGUUUGGUUGGCAGAAUGUCUGGCAGGCUAACAAACAACCCAUAAGUCCAGUUUCUGACUUCUUAGACCUCUUCACAACUCAGCCACUCUAUUUUGAACCUGGAAAGCCAGCAGGGUGUGUGGAUUUGUUGGAGAUGUAUGCUUUGAGAGGCAGGGGAACUUCAGACCGCUGGUGCAUUCUGAAACGGGCGUCAUCUAAUACAGACAGAAGUCACCUGGCUUCUUCCCAUCCUUAUCUUUUUGUAAUGAGAUCGGAGUGUAAUUCACCUAGAAAAAUAAAAAAUCUUCCCCAUACUGCUGUUUGACCAGUAAUUGCUCAGAGCUGAAAACUACAGAAAGCUUCAAAGCACCAGGCCUUUCAUUUGCUUCUCACCCCCGGGAUAGAGACAUUAUGAGCAGAGAUCAAUUUUCAAAGCAAAAGAAAUCGCAUCCACUCCUCCAGUUGUUUCUUUCACUCCUCUCUCAAGGUGGUUUGCACCGAGGAAGAUGGAGGCUCACACAUUGUUCUGUAUUGGUGUGUGAGUGCCCCUGGGUUGGACACUGAGAGGAUAUUCUGUUUCCAGCAGGAAGGCUGAUUAAGUCAGGAUGUUUCAGCAUUAAUGCCGCUUCGUAGAGAAGGGUCAGACUCAGAGUUCACCCAUUCUACCUGGGAUGGCUGAGGGAUACACAGUACAUCUUUUUUUCCCUUUCUAUUCAAAUGUUUUUAGUAAUGAUAGAGGUGUUUUGAUAUCAAAAGAAUAUUUCAUUUUUUACUAUUGUAUAAAAAAAAACAUGAUCCCUGGCACACUUUUGGCUUUAAGACAAAACUUAACAGGGGGGAAAAAGGUUUUACAGAAAAAUAACUUGAGAAAAACAAAUCAGGUUCUAUUUCAAACACUCCUCCACCAUUUAAAAUGCUAAUAAGAAGGAAGAGAUAUACAGAAAAUAAGAAAAGUAAAUGACUAAAGUCAAAGCCCCUCACAUGCUCUGUUUUUUCUCUCAUGGGGAAACUACUCUAGAAUUUGGGGGCUGGGGGGCAAGGGGUGGCUUCCAGAAUGGAAGGGAAGAAGGGAGGUGGUGUAAGCAAGAAAGUAGAGCAUGGGAAUAUUUUUUCUCAUACUUUUGUUACGCACUUUCAUCACAUGUAGUUAUAACUUAGAGAUCACUAACAACAUAGAGAGCUACCUCAUUCUUAACUGCUGCUUCACAUUCCAUUGUCCCAGCGGAUUUCAAGUUCCUUUUUUUUCAAUAAUAUUUUAUUAAUGAUUUAACAAUGUUUUAUAAAAUUAAAAGAUUUCAGGAGUAUUUUCCUUUAUUCAUGUAUUCAUUUUAAUGGGGAGGCAGACCUAAUGCUUUGCAUUAUAAUUUUGAAAACACAGAGACAGCCUCUCACCUCUCCUUAACAGAUGUCUAGAAGACACACCAGGACCCACAUGUCCCUUCUUUCCAGCCCCCUCUCUCCUUCCCCAGAGUCCUUUGCUACGGUGCAAUAUGCCACACCCAGUCCAAGUUUCACCUUGUGUUUUCCUGUCCUUUAUUCUUGAGUCCCACCUAUAAAUGAGGUCAUUUCAUGUUGGUAUUGGUCUUUCUCUUUCUGGCUUUGGACUUCAAAUUCUGCGAUUAGUCUCUGAGUGGUGACUUUAUUGAGUACCUCCGGCUUUUAUUUUUCUAUACAAAUCAAGGAUUAGCAUUCUUAGACCUUCACUUCCUUUUGUGACUAUGUAUUAGUAUAAAUCCCAAUAUGGAAAUGCAGUUGCUAGAUGUGAAACUUUUUUUCACAUUUUAAUUUUUUUUUUUUUUUGAUAAAGAGGAAAAAAAGCUUCUAUCAGUGUAGUGACGGUUGCUUUGGAACCUGGGUCAUGCAUAUGGCAAAACAAUGUACUAUCCAAGGCAUCUGUUUUCCUGGUCCUUGUUUAACAUUUUAAUAGUUAUUUCCAGAUCACCGUCCAAACCCUGACUGAUUGUUAUAGAUGUAUAAGAAAACAAUCGCUCAGCUCCCUCAGCUUCUCAUACUAUCAGACUUACUCUUUUUCCUUACACUGGGAGAAAAGUACAUGGCAAUGUUCUCUUAGUUUAGUUGAUUUCAUUGUGAAGGAACUUGAAGACCUGUUCCAAUAUUUUGGUCAUUUCAGCUUUUGUAGAUUUGCAUCUGGUGUGUGAUUUACUUUUUCAGUUGGGUUAUUUAGAUUUCUAUUAGUUUGUGUACAUCAGAAGCUUGUUGUUUAAUUUCUUGAAAAAAAGAUUUUAUUUGUUGAAUAUUUGUCUUUUCAUGUUAUUUAAUGGCUGCUUUAUUUACUGGCAUGUUGUCAGUUUAUCUGUAUUUUCCUUGAA